AUAAAUUCUAAUUUAUUUGCCAAAUAAUUUGCCUUGUAUUCAUUGUUGUUCAGAACAUUCAAAUUUUUAACCAAAAGUGUUCCAUGCUAAAAACAGCUAUGGUAGAAAAUGUGAUGAUCCAAGCUGUCAGGGGAUCUUACGUGACACGAUAAUAAACUUUGGAGAAGACCUUCCAGACAGCGAGUUGACAAGAGGUACAGAAGAAGGUGAAGUAGCAGACCUUUGCUUAGCAAUGGGAUCCAGUCUCACUGUGACUCCAGCGGCUGACAUACCAGAGUGUGUCACUGAGAGAGGAGAGAAGCUGGUUAUAGUUAACCUGCAAAAGACACCAUUGCACAAUAUGGCUGCACUCUGCAUUCAUGCUAAAUGUGAAGAAGUCUCCACAAUGGUAAUGGAGAAGCUUGGACUGCCCAUACCUGAGUUUAGACUUAAGAGAAGAGUAUUCAUUAAAGUGACACAAAGUACUAAAGGACCUCCUGAGGAACAGGUUUCAUUAUCAAUAGAAGGACAGGACAUGUAUGGAUUCUAUUUCUCAUUUCUAACUGGAGUUACAGUGUUUGUAGGUGAAAGACCUCAACAGUUGCAAGAGCCUUUCUCUAUCAGGUUUCCAUGGAGAGCAUCAGCUGGUGCCUCAUCAGAUGAAAUGAAGGCUCAGUUGACGUUUCAUUUUCAAGGACAUUAUGGUGAACCACCACUUGAUAAAGAACUGAUUAUUAAAAAGGGAGUGAAAGAUAUGCAGCUCAAACUAUUAUUAAUUUAUAAUCCAGGAACAAGUCAAUGGAGUAUAGAAGAUGAUACUACUGCUGGUAUAGUUCCAACUGCAGGCAUAAAGAAGCUAACCCUCAAGGACAAGUAAUAAUGGGACAAGGAUCAAAAAUAGAUGCAUAACUUUAAUUUGAACAACUUUUGUAAUUUGAAAACCAAAAUUACUGUAACAACAUAAAUUUUUGUUAUUGCAAAUAAAUUAGUCAAUAUAGUCUUUUAUUUCUAUGAUAAA